GUUGUGUUUUUCGAUGCAAUCGUUGUGUCAACAAAACAAUGAGUUUAUGAUUGCAUUCAUUAUUUACAAGUUUUUGUGUGUUUUAGUUAACAGUUUAUAAACUAAUACAUCGAUCAGUGAUUGUACUGUCAAUCAGAGCCACAAUGAAUCCAUUGACAAAUGUGAAAAACAUAACAAAACUGAACGAAAGAGAGCUCUCGAUGGGAGUGGAGGCGAAGAACUCGUGGCAUAACAUGUAUUCCUCGUCGGCCUGGAUCUUCAUCGGCGGUCUCAACUUCGAGCUGAGCGAAGGCGAUGUGAUUACUGUGUUCUCACAGUACGGAGAAGUGGUUAACAUUAAUCUGAUUCGCGACCAAAAGAGCGGCAAAUCAAAGGGUUUCGCAUUCCUCUGCUAUGAAGACCAGAGAAGCACUGUCUUAGCCGUCGACAACUUGAACGGCAUUAAACUCGUCAAUCGUAUCAUUCGUGUCGAUCACGUCAGCGACUAUAAGAUACCCAAAGAGCACGAAGACAUGGAUGAGAUGACCGCUCGGCUCCAUAACGAAGGCUGCGCUCCGCAGGAGGAGACUGAUCCCAACUGCGGAUCAGUUGAGGGCGAGUGUGAUGUGAAUCGACGCAAAAACCGAUACAAAGACAUUCUUCCGUAUGAUCACAGCCGAGUCAUACUCGAAGAAUAUCCAGGAGUUCCCGGAUCUGAUUACAUGAAUGCCAAUUACGUGAAGGGCUCGUCCGGAUGUCCGCGCGCUUACAUCGCGAGUCAGGGACCGCUGCCCAACACUUUGGUCGACUUCUGGCGCAUGAUAUGGGAGACAGACAUUACGGUCAUUGUUAUGGCCUGUAAUGAGAGAGAGUCGGGAAAGUAUAAGUGCGAGUCUUAUUGGCCGCAAGACAACGACGAACCGCAACAAUACGGAAACAUAACAGUUGAAUUGGUGAAGUGGCGUCAGGUGUGCCCCGACUUCUUGGUCCGCACUCUGAAAGUAAAGGCGGACUCAAUAGAGCGGACAGUGUGUCAGUUCCACUACCAGACGUGGCCCGACCACGGAGUGCCCAACUCUGUCCANGUGAAGUGGCGUCAGGUGUGCCCCGACUUCUUGGUCCGCACUCUGAAAGUAAAGGCGGACUCAAUAGAGCGGACAGUGUGUCAGUUCCACUACCAGACGUGGCCCGACCACGGAGUGCCCAACUCUGUCCACCCUAUACUCGAAUUGGUGCGACUCAUGCGUGACGUCCAGAUUUCCGAAACCCGUCCAAUACUGAUCCACUGCAGCGCCGGCUGCGGCCGAACCGGUACUCUAUGUAGUAUUGAUUACGUUUGGGCUCUACUCAGGACCGGAAAACUUAGAGAAGAUUUUAGUUUGUAUUUAAUUAUAAAAGAGAUGCGAAAGCAAAGGAUAGCAAUGGUUCAGACAUUAGAGCAGUAUAUGCUGUGCUAUAAAGCUGUGGCCACUCUUUUUGAGCAGCAGCUGAAAAUGAUUGAUUCGCACACUUAUGAGAACAUCGACGGCGAUGGGGAGCCUCUUAUGAGACGCCAAUUGUUGCGAGAGUCGGACCAAAUGCCUCAUCAAACAGAUGUGAACGGAUGCCAAAGCAGUGCCACUAAAAAGAAACUGAUGCCCGUCUCGCCAUUGGUUGUGCCGCCCCUCCCCUCCCUCGCCGUCCUUCCCAACAGUCCGUCCAGUGGUGGCGACGAAGUGAGACACGAGAGACUCAUUGGAAAGGCAACUGUUAUCCGUCGGCCCAGUAUUGCCAAACUUAAAGCUAUAUUUGAAAAUCAAAACCUGAUCUCAACGGAAAUACCGAUCGUGAGGUCGCGUUCUUCCAGUUCUUCGCUUAAUAGAAGUCAAAGUAUUAAAGAAAAGACAAGAAAUGCCAAAUCAAUGAUUGAAACGAAUGGCAAUAUAUUUGUUGACAAUCAACGAGAAUCGAUGGCAUCGAAAGAAGGACUUCGUGUUCACAAUAAUCAUCAUUUUGACCAUCAGUUUAGACACGACUCCGAACAAACUUAUGGUACGACUGGUAUGAAUGGCUCUAUGAAAGAGAGUACUUAUGGUGAAUGUAAUCCAAACGUUAAUGUAAUGAAUCGUAAUUUAUCUGAUAAUUCACAACAAAUAAUGCAAACAAAUCAUUACAACAACGGCUCAGUUAUGGAUCAGUUUGCCAUUUAUAGCGAACAAAAAAUGUAUCAAAAUCAUCAACAAUUACAACAAGAGAUUCGUCAACACAUUCAGCAAAAACAGCUUCAAUCGGUGUCUUCGCAGUCCAUUCACCAAAUGGUUCCCAAUUUGUAUUCAAUUGAAUCUCAAAUGCAUAAUCAGAACUCAAUCUCACAUCAGAUAACGUCCCAAAUGGGAGGUCCUCUGCAAAUGACAAUUAACGCUCAAAUACAAAGCCAACCGCUGCCACCGCCGCCCAAACCCCCGCGAACUUAUCAAUACCACCAUAUGAUAGACCACAUCACGUCACUGCCCAACACUUCCGAUGGAAGGCUUAUCGUAUCGGUGGCUCUUCCCAGACGCCAGUCAAACGACAUAAACGGCACCCAAAACAGCCAUUACGAGAGCAUCGGUCAGAGAGGGUGUAACAUAUCAGCGCCUAAUCUCGUUUCGGACGCACUUCUCGUUAACGCCAAUAAUAUGGAGAAUUUCAAUAACUUUAGUGUCAAUCAAAACAAUGCCAUAAAAGUGCUGAACGUUUCGAAUAAUAAUAUUUAUGAAUCAGUUUUGCCUAAAUAUAGGAGAGGACAGCCUUUAGAGCCCAACGGAGUGCCGAACGCAACACAAAACCAAAGCAUUCAUUCCUAUUAUGAUAUAAUGAAGUUAAGAAACUCAGGCCUCAACUCAACCCUUCCUUUCUAUGACAGCCUAUACGGCAGACACGGCUUUAUGACAGUAUCCAAUGUGCGACACAUACCUGUGCCCACUAUAGCCCAGAUCCAGUGCCAGUUUCCUCAAUUCAAACCUAAUUAUGAGUCCAUUUAUUCCAACACUAAUCCAAAUACUAAUCAAAAUAACAUUAAGAAUUCUGAUAAGAAGGAGAAAAACUUAAACAAUAAACUGAACGCUAAGACAAAGACUAACUCAAAGAAGGAAUCGACGAAAAAGACUUCAAAUAACAGUUCAACAAACGCUCAGAACGUGUCACAAGAGUCCACUUCAGGAGCUUUUUCUAAAUUAUCGAAUGCUUUCAGAGGUUUACGAAUCAAAUCCUCAAAACCAAAGCCAAACUCCAAUACCGCUAACAGUCCUUCUAAUAGUCCCAUUGCCUCUCGUCCGCCUCAUUCUCAUCGCUUCUCACCGCCCACUCAAUGGACACAAGUUUGACACAAAUAUUUAUAUUAUUUUUAUAAAUAUAACUAUUUUUAUACUUAAUUUUAAUAAUAUAUUUUAUUUAUUAAUAUAAACCAAUUUAUAUCAUAUGUGAACAAAAUUUACAAAACAAAUGAAUUAAAAAAAAUAUUUAAAAAUAAAUAUUAA